AUGUCGGCUUCUGUCGCAUCACGCUUCGCAGAUCUCCCCGCCAGCGCGUCGCAGAGACGAAGGACCCGGCCAUUGAAGACUGGAUCGGGUGACGGGACGUUGCAGGAAGAGGAUAUACAGAGGUUCGCGGCCGUCAUGGCAGCACUGUACUCUCGCAUCCACAGCAAUUUGGGCAUUGUGGGCGAUAGCCGAGAACCGCUGAGCGAUUCAUCGAUACCGUCUAAUACGGAGGAACAGAUUCAGUAUCUGAGCGGUUUCGUUCAGCCUAUCUCGCAACCAGCGAAGCAUCUAUGGAGUACUAUUCCGACUGCAAAUGGUUCUGCUCCACCAGAUUACGAUGACACGGUCCUGGACCCUCCUCCCGACUACACUACCACCGACAACCUCGCUACAGCGCAAUCGCCUUAUUUCGAGGUUUCUCUACCCUUAUAUCACCGCCUGUAUCCAUUCGCACGAGAGCCGGAAUCUGCGUUCGGCGAUUACCUAAUAUCACCCAAAGUCGAUUUCUCCAAUACUGACAAUUUGCGAGAGCGCGCGAAAAAGAAAGCUGCUGCUAAGAAAGCAGACGCUUGGAAGGAUGAGGAGAAGAAGGAAGACAAUGCGGGCAAGCAGAAUGCUGGAGGCGGAGACGGAGACAAUGGUGGUGAUGCUGGGGCCGCGGGUGGAGGGAACAGCGGGGGCGAUGGUGGGGAUGGUGGAGGUGGAGGAGGCGGCGACGAUGGCGACGACUGGGGUUUCGGCGGCAGCAAGAAGAAGAAAAAGGGCAAGAAGGGUAAGGCAGCCGAAGAAGCCGAGGAGGAAGAGAAGAAGAAACAGGAAGAGGAGGAGGCCGCUGCAGCUGCACCAAUGGCCGACAGCGCUUUCAGUAUCGAUACUGGGGAUGGUGGUGGUGAUGCUAAUCCCGAUGACGAAUGGGGGGGCGGCUUUGCGACAGCUGGCAAGAAGAAGAAGGGCAAGAAGGGCAAGGGAGCGGACCCCAUGCCGCCACCUCCACCACCUCCACCUCCCGCACCCGCAGAUUUACCGGCUGAAGACACGGUUGCGGAUAUGUAUGACAUCAACCUUGAUGACGGCGGCUCCAGAGACGAUGGCGCUCCGAAACUCGAUCUCAGCUUUGGCGGUGCGGAGAACAAGUCCUCGGGCAUGUUUGGUGGCGUCUCGAACUUCUUAGGAGGAUGGGGAUCCAAUAACAGCUGGAGUUUCAACGAUGCAAACAAGGACGCCGCAGACACCCCCAACGACGCCCCGGCUAGCACCAAUCCGUGGGACCUUGGCGGUAGCAAGAAGAACAAGAAGAAAGCAGCAACGAACGACUUCGACUUCAACUUUGAUUCUGGUGCGCAGGACAUUGUCGCAUUGGACCCUCAUGCUGAAGAGAAGCCGGCCGAGGACAAACAAGAAGAUGAUGCAUGGGGUCUUCCCGUAACUACGAAGAAGGGGAAGAAGGGAAAGAAAGGCGCGGCAGUAGCUGUUGUUGAGGAGCCAGCACCUCCACCUCCGCCCCCGCCUCCACCUCCCGCUGAGCCUGAGCCCGAACCUGCCAAAGACGAAAACGCUUGGUCAUUCGGCGGCGCCAGCAAGAAAGACAAGAAGAACAAGAAGAGUAACAGUUUCUUUUCCUUCGACGACCCGGAACCUGAGGCACCAGCCGUUGUAGAGCCACCCCCAGAAGCUGAGGUAGUGAAGGUGGAGGAGGAUCCAUGGGCUUGGAGUACCUCUGCAAAGGACAAGAAGAAGGGCAAGAAAGGCACAGCUGCAAAAGAGCCGGAUCCUGAGCCCGCAGUUGUUGUAAUCCCCGAGUUGGAGGCUGAGCCGGCCAAGGAGGACAACAUGUGGGGUGGUGGCUGGGGCGCAGCUCCUUCCAAGAGCAAGAAGAAGAAAGGCGUCGUGGAAGUGGUCGAAGAGCCAAUUGAUGUUCCGCCGCCACCACCUCCGCCGCCUCCCGCCGAGCCAGAACCACCACCAGCAGCCGAGAACGACGAUAUUUGGGGUCUUACAAGUACGACGAAGAAGGGCAAGAAAGGCAAGAAGGGUAAAGAAGAGCCUGUGGUCGUUGUACCUGAGCCUGAAUCCAUCGUAGUAGUCCCUGAGCCAGAACCGGAGCCGCCUGUUGAGGACAGCUGGGGUGGUGGCUGGGGAGCGCCUGCUAAGGAUAAGAAGGCUAAGAAAGCUAGUAAAGCUGGACUUACAGCAAAAGCGGACGAACUUCUUGUGCCUGAGAGGGAACCUGAGCCCAUCGUUGUCCUCCCCGAGACUGAUCUAGCACCCGCAGACGGUGGAUGGGGCGGCGACCCCUGGGGUGCGCCGACUUCCAAGAAAAGCAAGAAGCCGCCGAAAGGCGGUUUUGCGGGCCCCGUUGUGGAUGAUCCGCCAAUUGUCGAAGUUUCUCUCGUUACUCUUGAAGAAGAGGCCCCAAAGGACAAUAAAGACGGUGCAGCGGACAACGACUGGAUGGACUGGGGCUCUGCUGGUAAGACAGCAAAGAAGAAAGGCAAGAAGGGCGCGAUUGAGGAGGUCCUACCGGAAGCCCCGCCGCCUCCGCCUGCUGUCCCCGAGCCGACCAAGGAGACGAAGGAGGACUCCGGUUGGGGCUUCUCAUGGGGCAGCGCGGGGAAGAAAGAUAAGAAGGGCAAGAAAGGCAAGGAAGAGCCCGCUCCUCCUCCGCCGCCGCCUCCCGAACCGGAACCUGUUGCAGAGGAAAUCACCAUGGUUCCAGACGCCGUUGACGAGCCGAAAGCUGACGGCGAGGACGACUUUGGCUGGGGAUUUGGCAAGAAAGACAAGAAGAAGAAACCAUCCAAGAAAGAUGAUCCGGUCGAAGUAAUUGGCGAGAACCCUGCGGACCCUGUUAUGCAGCCGGAAUCGAUCCAGGAAACCAAAUCCCAGGUUGACGAAGACCCUUGGGGUUUCACUUCUACAAAGAAGGGCAAGAAGGGUAAGAAAGGCUCAGCAAUGAAUCCACCUGAAGCUCCGCCAGCACCUACACCUCCAGAAGCUGUUCCAGAUGCCGCGCUUGACGAACCACUUCCGCCCCCACCGCCCCCACCUCUUCUAGCCCUGCCUGCGCCUGAGCCGGAACCCGUCAAGGACGACGACAUAUGGGGCCUCUCGACAGGCAAGAAAGCCAAGAAAGGCAAGAAGAGUGCUCUCAGCAAGCAAACAACAGCUUCGGAGGUACCAAGCUAUGAGGAGCCCGUCGUCGAAGUUUUUGCGGGCAACCCAGACGACAUUGUCCAGAUUAUCGACGAGACAGUGCCUGACGAACUACCGCCGCCGCCGCCAGAGCCAGUGGUUGUCGAGGAGAAGAAGUCCAAGAAGAAAGAGGAAGAGAAACCUGCGAAGAGCAUGUGGGGAAGCUGGGGUCUUGGUGGGUCCAAAUCAGCCAAAGACAAGGAGAAAGAGAAGAAGGAGAAAGAAAAGAAGGAAGCUAAGGAGAAGAAAGGAGAGGAAGAGAGACAGCGGAUUGAGAAGGAAGAAGCGGAACGGGUCGCCAGAGAGGCCGAGGAAGCUGCUGAGCAGGAGCGAUUCGAGGCUGAGGAGAAGGCGCGUAAAGAGGCCGAGGGCGAUGCGAAGUUACUUGAAGACCCUAACGAGAUUAUGGAAAUCGUCGAAGAAGCUCCCAAGAAGAAAGGCAAGAAGGCUAAGAAAGGCAGCAAAGUCGAGCCUGUGUACGAACCAGAUCCACCGCCGCCGCCUCCGCCAGCUGCCAUGGGAGACGACGAGCUGCUCGAUUUGAUGGGCGACGCCAAUGAAGACCAGCUCAAUGAGCUCUUGGCCGACACCAAGCCGAAGGAAGAGGAAAAGAGCAGCGCAUGGUCGUUUUGGGGCGCGCCGCUGAAGUCUACGAAAAAGUCAACACCAUCCAUGGACGCCAAGAACGCAGUGAAUGAGCUGACCAAUCAGGACGUCUCGCUUGUGGAGGCCGUCACGAACGUGCCAGAAGUUGUUGCUGACGAACCACCGCCACCACCCAAGGCAACCAAGACCUCGACUACAAAAGGCAAGAAAGGCACCAAAGGUUCUAUCGCGGACAGAAUUGCAGCUCUGCAGGGCGGAAAAGAGGGGAAGGUUGAUCUGACACCCCCUGCGCCGCCGACGCCGCCACCUGAGCCAAUUGUUGAGCCGGUAUUUAUACCAGAGCCCGAGGCGGUGGUUGAGCCUCCCGUGGUUGAGGUAGUCGACCUAGCGCCGAAAUUCUCAUCUGCAGCAACCAAGAAGAGCAGUAAAAAGGACACCAAGGACUCCAAGGCCUCCUCUUCCAAGAAGAGAGAACUGAAGAAGGAAGUCAAAGCGCCGACUCCUCCGCUAGAUCCUGUGAUUGUAGUACCUGAGCCUGAGCCGAUUGCUGUUAACUUCCCCAGCGUGCUGACUCCACUGCCUGGUGGGUUCCCUUCAGAAGACUUGAACGUCUUGGCUUUUGAGGACCCUGCGUCUCCUGCUCCUCCGCCUGAGAUUGUGGCUGUUGUAGAGGAGUCCAAGGCCGACAAGAAAGCCAAGAAGGACAAGAAGAGUAAGAGGGUCGUCGAGGCCGCCAAAGAGAUGCCACCCGCGCCACCGCCUGCUCAACAGCCAAGUCCCCCGGCCGACUUCGAUAUGGAGGCAGAGGAUGUUGUUGUAAUGCCAGAAGCGCCUUCGAAACUACCAACACCACCGCCUGAGCCUGCGAAGAAAGAGCGUGCGCGUGUUGUACGCAACGGCGCAUCAUCGUGGGGUAUGUGGGCAGCCGCACCAUCUUCGAGAGGCGACAGCCACCGGAAACCAAAGGAUGACGCAGUAGCGGCCGCGCCUGCAAAGGAACGGUCCGCUCAUGGUUUAACUAGGUCCAAGUCAAGUCGCACGCCCAAAGAGGUCGAGAAAUCGUCCAAGUCCUCUGGGUCAGAUCAGAUUGGGGAACACUCCAAGCCCAAGCCCACCCGCGCCAGCACCGGUUUCUCGCUCUUUGGUGCACCCACUCCGGCAAGGUCGAGGUCUACACGUCAAGCACCUACACCCAAGACGCAGUCGCGGCGCGCGUCUGUCGAUCCUGGCAUGAUUAGCCCAGGCGUGGACGACCCGCCCAGGAUGUCCUCUAAAGCUGCCAAGAUUAUGGGCGUGGGCGUCACACGGGGCUCGGUAAGUAGAAGGACUUCAACUAAGGACAAAGGCAAGCGGAGAAGUAAGAGCAUCCUUGCGCGCACCGAGCUACCGAGCACUGCUAAUGUACUUUCGUCAGGCGUACCUGAUCCAUAUGCGAUCGAUGAUGACCUCGUGAUGGUCGAUGGUCACGAGGAUUCUGCACCGGCCCCGCCUGACAUCACGUCAGGUGGGGAAGAUGCAGUCCUCGUUGACCUGGAUGCCAACAUACGCUCCGACGGUCCAGACGUGGUGACAGGUCCUGAAGACAUGGCCUUCGUCGAAACUUCUCGCCGUCGCUCGCCACCCAAGCAACGAGAAAGAACAACUUCCAGCGCCAAGAGGGAAGGCAUCAUGGGAAUGUUCGGGCUUGGCCGCAGCAAGAGUCACCGUCACGAAGAUCGAUACACUCGUCCCUCCACGUCCGGUGGUAACGCCGAACGAAGCCAUCGCAAGCGCUCAUCACAUCACAAUGAGGAGGACGAGUCAAAGCGUCUUCGCCGUGACGACAGACGUGUGCACCGUUCUCGUGGGCUUUCGAAUGAGGAGGGCAUCAUGACCGAUGCUGUCCCAAAUACAGGGGCAAGCGCAAGCACAGAGAACGAGGCACGCAACGCACGCCGCGGAGACAGAGAUCGCGAAGCCGCCAGCAAAGCCGCACGUGCAGCCGAGCUGGCCGCAGCCGAAGAGAAGGCAGCUCGCCGUCGCGAAAGAGAUCGUGAACCGCAACGGCAUGAAGCCCGGAAACUCAAGGAGCGCGAAACACGCGAUCGCCGUAUCCGCGAAGAGCAGGAGCUCGAAAACCGCCGCCGGGAAGAGAAACGCGCUCGCCAUGCUGCGCGGGACCAACGCCGUGCAGCAGAGGAGCGAUACGCAAAGGACGCCGAAGCCAGCCGCUCUAAAGGCCGCGACCAUCGGGACAAGGAUCGGGCCGAACCGUCGUCCCGUCCUCAAACCGCCGAUCGUCCCAAGACGGACCGUCGCCGCACCGACAUGGACGAUGCUGCGCGUCGCCAGCGCCACGAAGAGCGCCGUCAGCGCCGCGCAGCCGAUCGAACAAUGUCCGAUGAUAAGACGUCUCGACGGAGGUCGACUGCCAACCCCAUCGACGACUACUUCGACGCGCGAAACGGGGCGCAUGCGCCCUACGAACAGUCGCGGACAGCGUCCGGUCGACCCUAUCUCCCCAACGGCGGCGACAAGACCACCUCCUGGGUUGCCUCGGUCAAUGAAGAACAGCCGGACCCGCCUCCCCUCGCCGAGACGGUCAUCGAGCCGCCACCUGAUCUCAACGCCGGCGAAACGACGGCGGACGAGGAGGCGCUGCGGGGGGUGCGCACGGCGGGGAGGGGCGAGCGCAACGGCGAUGCCGAUCCCAGGCGUAGAAGACGCCACGAGGAGAGGCGGCAUGAGCGGAAGUCUGGCGGGGAGGGUCUGAGAAGUGAAGGUAGUUCGGGGGAUAGGAAGGACAGGCGCAGGAACACGUUGCAGAGUUAUGGGGAUGGCGGGGUUAGAUGGGAUGCGAGGCCGUCGCCGGCACCGAAGCGACAGAGUUGGCUGAAGAGCUUGGGGGGCAAGUUUGGGGGGUUUUAG